AAAAUAAAUAUGCAUCAUAGAUCUAGAUUCUAGAGAUUUUUAUUACUAUGUAUAUACAUAUUAUGAAUUAUAUUCUAAUCAGAAUUAGAUGUCUAGAAUAAAUUUAAGAUUAUAGACUUUUAAUUGAAAGUUACUAGAUCUAGACUGUAAAUUAAUUUUAUAAAUGAUCUAAAUCCACCCAGUUCUAAUGGGUUCCUGACUUAAGUUGGAAAAGUAAAGGCGUUUUGGUUGUUGUGCUGGCCACAUAACACCCUGCUUGUUAACAGUUAGCCAUAGAAACAGAUGACCUUAACAUCAUCUUCACUGAGAUUUGAACCCAGGACCCCAGCUUCGGAAGCCGAGUGCUUAACCACUCAGCCACUGCGCGUCCCCACAUAACAUGCUAUCACCAAAAUCUUUUAGUUAUGGGGCAAAGAGCUGGGACAGUUGAGUAAAAAUGCUAAAACAGGGGAGAGGUAGCAGGACAUUGUAAGAAUUGGUCAAGAAAGAUAUAAAAAAGCUGUACUUGUUUAUCUAUGGUAAUGUGUGAUAGAUAAAGAUAUGUAAAGACAUAUUUAACAAGGCAUUGCUGUGAUAAAGUGUUAAGCAAUGCUAUAUAAAGCUCUAGAUAUUGCAUGACAGGUGAUUGUUGGGACUCAGUUUACCAUGAUGUAUAUAUUUAGCAUAUUAACUCAUAAAAUCUCUAAAUAGUAUGAAAUAAGUUAUAAAUGUCAUAGAUUUUCUUUCUAUAUAUAUCAACAAAAUGAUUCAGCUUUUCAAUUUUUUUUACUAAGUUUAUAGCAUCAAACAUUUUUAGAGUAAAAACUAUUUAUUAUAACACAUUUUUAUAAAAGUUUAAUAUUGAUCAAUUCAUUCCAUCACAAUAUUUGUUUUUAUAACUUAUAACAAAAUCACAGUUGCAGGAAACGAAUGGGACAGACCUCAUCAUAAAAUUUUAUUUGAGUGAGAACUUGAGAGAAUUAAUUUAGGAAUAGCUAAGUAUCAGAGGACUUUCUUUAUCUGCAAAUAUCCUAACAAAAACUUUGAAAAUGUCAGAGGAAUCAUGAUCAAUUUUAGUCAUGACACUUGACAGAGAAAAUGUCAGCGAAUCCUGAUGAUGAUUCCUGGCCAGGUCAACUGCUGCAUCAGGCUGCAAUUUAUAACAGCGUGGAUCUACUUCAAUGUUUGCUACAGGGAGAAGAGCGUCUCAAUAUAAAUGCACAGGAUAUUUGUGGCCGCACUGCUGUUUACACAGCUGUUUCUAAUGACUCUCUCCAAUGCCUGGAGCUUCUAUUGGACCAUGGAGCUGAUGCCAAUAUCCCAGCAGGAGCAAGAUGUCAUAAUAUGACACCCUUGCAUGAAGCUGUCCUAGAUAGCAAACUGGAGGCCUUAAGUAUCUUGCUGGCACGAGGUGCCAAUGUAACAGCAAUCGAUGUCUCUGGCAAAACUCCUUUGGCAUUAGCUAAAGACAUGAAAAACAGAAGAGCCAUUGACAUUAUUAAAAAUGAAAAAGAGAAAAAGAAAGUGUUACUUGAUCAACUUUCUACUGAGUUGUGUGAAGCUUGUGCAGAGGGUCAGUUAGAGAAAGUCAAAAAUGUUUUGGACAGAAGUGGGGUAUAUAGAAAGCAUGUCAUCAAUAUGACUACCAAAGGUUUAUCUCCACUUGGCAUAGUCUCAAAAUGUGGAUACGUAGACAUUUUGAGUUAUCUCUUAGAAGAGGGAGCAUCCUGCGUCAGUCACAAAGACACUGGACUUACCUUGCUACACCUAGCUUGUGAGUCAGGAAAUAUUGACAUCAUACAAAUCUUGCUUAAGAUGUAUCCAGAUUUAUUGUGUGUUAGAUCUGUUGAGCAUCAGUUACCAAUACACUCAGCCGUCAUAUGUAAUAAAGUUGAAGCAGUCAGGUUGCUGCUAGAGUUUCCUUAUCCUUCUAGUCACUUGUUGACAUUUACUGACCCGGCUACAUCUCUGAGCUAUCAAAUGGGCCUUGAGGUGAAUGCUGAGGAUGCAUCAGGUGAAACACCACUGCACAUUGCUUGCAGAAAUGGCUAUGCAGAGAUUGUUAAUCUGUUGAUGACCUACACUCUGAAAAUAAAAGUGGAGAAAGAGUUGAACAAUCCAGAGGCAUUGGGGUUUACUGUAAAUGAUAGUGAUAGUGAGGAUGAGGAGUCAGACCUUGAACUCCCAGAACAGAACAGUGGUCAGUCAGACCAUACUGGAACAGAGGAGAGAGAAAAAUUUGAAACUAUAUACCCCGUAGACAUCAACCUUCUUAACCAUGAUGGGUUCUCACCUUUUCAUCUGGCCAUAAAACACAACCGCCUGGAUGUUGUCAAGAUUUUACUGAGAACCAGGAAGUCUCUGCUAUCUAAGCUCAAGAUGAAUGAUGCUGAGGUUUCUGUUCUGAUGUUUGCUUAUGAACACAGCAGCAUGGAAAUAAUGAAAGCCUUGCUGCAACAUGGACUGAAAGAUGAUGAGGACAAAGUCUUAAAUGCAGCUUUUUUUUCUCAGGAUUUAGCAGUAAAAUGGCUGCUGCUAAGUCACAAAUCUGGUAAAGAUUCAACUCUUGGAAGAGCCAUCAAUAAAACUGAAAUGAGAAAAAUAGCUUUAAGGCCAUCUGAACAAGAAGACAAAUGUUUAUCUUUGGAUCCAGAUUAUAAAUCUCGAUUUCCUAUAACCCCUGUUGCAAUAUUGUGGGAAGGUUUAGGAAUGUUGGACAAAAUGGAGUCAUCUUGCUUGGUUGCUGCAUGUUUCUUACACAACCCAGCCAUGAGCCCUGCACUCCCGGAAGACAUCUGUCUCUGUGCCAUCACCAAAGUGGACAUUUCCAAAAACAGUUUUGAAAAAUUUCCUAUAUUAUUGUUGGGUCUUCCAUCCUUGACCUUUUUGAAAGCUUCUAGAAACCAGAUUGCAGAGAUUCCCGAAGACUGCACCAUUUCUUGUUUGUUUCUGGAGGAGCUUCAUCUCAAUGAGAACAAAAUCAAAUCUCUGCCCAAGUUUAUUUUCCAGCUUCCUCAGCUGAAGUACCUGGACGUUUCAGUGAACAAAAUCAAAGAGCUGCCUCUAGAGAUGUGGGAGGCACCAGCACUCAUCAGUUUGAACCUCUCCAGAAAUUGCCUGUCACAACUCCCAUGUCUGACCAAUGAUCAAAUGUUUUCAAAGUUUACAGGCAGUAAGCUAAAUAAAUCUGGACAUUUUGCUCCCAACCGCUCCUAUUCCGGCUCUGUCACCAGCUUUGAUGAGAACUGCCAACUAGUGGAUGAGACUGAGUAUGUUAUAGUGCCAGUCAAUGGUGUUAACCAUAAGCCAGAUGUAACUAAUAAUCAGAUUCUACGAGUGAAUAAAUGGCAGUCAGGUAUUACAGUGGUAGAUAGUGAUCCCUGGAAAGGUUCUAACCAUCAGCUUUCAGGACUCAAGCAGCUCUGGCUCAACAUGAACAAAUUUACUCAAGUUCCAUCAUGUCUUGUUUGCUGUGCUCCUAAUCUAGAAGUUCUUGUGUUGUCAGACAAUCCUUUAACUAGCAUUGGUAGCAUCACAGAUUACCCACCAUUUCUAGUUGAGCUUGACCUCUCAAAGACUGGUAUAUCCAAUAUGGAUCCUUGGAAACAUCCAUUUGAUCAGUCACAUGACUUUACAUGUUUGGCUCCAAUGAGUAGUUUUUCAACCAACAAAUAUUAUCCAACAUCUAGACUAUCCAGCCCUCGCUCCGGCAGCUUCCCUCGUUUCAACAGCAUCUCUUCCUAUCAUAGCAUGUCGCCGUCCUCCGGACAAAGAGACUCUCUCUUUCUGCCAUGUCUCCACCGCUGUCACAGUACUUUGAAAAAGUUGGAGAAGCUGAACUUGUCUCACAAUCGUCUGUCGAAAGUUACUCUGACAAAAGAUCCACUAGCAGAUUUUGAUAGCCAAAGUGUUUGUAGUAUGGAAUCUGAAGAAGUUCAGUUGAGGCUUUUGUUUCCUCAUUUGUUAGAACUUAAUCUUUCUCGCAACUUAUUGACUUCUUUACCUUCUGAUAUUGGAGAGUUGGGAAGUUUAAAAAUACUCUCCUUGACUGGAAAUAUUAAAUUAAAAGAGUUGCCACCAAAGCUUGGCCUUUUAAAAAAUUUAUGGAAACUGGAGCUUGACUUAUGCCCCAUUGAUGGAGCUAUUCAAGACUUUUUGCUGAACUCCAGAUAUCCAGUCAAAGACAUUCUUGGCUUUUUGCAGUCUGUACUUGAAGAAUCAACAGAAUACAAUUGUAUGAAUCUAAUGCUUGUCGGCUUCCACAAAAUUGGCAAAACAUCGUUGUUGCAUCGUUUGAGUGAAAAGGGAAAGCUUCGUUACAAACCAUCACACUGGAGAGAUAGAUUGAAGAUGGCCGAAGGCACCAAGCAGUCAUUUCCCUUUCUGUCUACUGUUGGAAUUGAUAUUAAUGAGCUCAUUAUUGAAAGAAGAAGCAAGGGACAAGUUAUUUUUAGAACUUGGGACUUUGGUGGCCAGAAAGAGUACUAUGCUACACAUCAAUAUUUCCUAUCUCCUCGUUCUCUCUACCUGGUAGUAUGGAGCAUCACUGAAGGGGAGCGAGGUGUAGAGAGUUUAUUACAGUGGCUGGUCAAUAUACAGGCCAGAGCUCCUGGGGCCCCCUGUAUUAUAGUUGGCACUCAUCUAGAUGUGCUACAUGACAGAGCCACUAGGAGAAACUACCCAGAAGACUUUGAGCAAUCAAUGAUGCAGAUGAUUGAUAAGAUGUUCUUGUCGAACCAGGAGCCUGAGAAAAGUGGUCUUCCUAACAUUUUAAAAGCUAUCAAUGUCAGCUGCAAGACAGGGGAAAACAUUAAGCAGCUAGUGGAUGAUAUUUAUGAAUGUGUCUUUGAGCUGAAACAUCCAAGAUCAAAGACAAGAUAUCUCAUUAAGCAGAAAAUUCCUCGGAAAUAUUUGCUGCUUCAGAUGAUAGUCCGACAGCUGGCUAUAGAGAGAAUUAUAGACUUUAAAGAACCAGUCCUCAGUAGAUCAAAAUAUAUGUUGUUGGUGCAGAAUAAAAUGAUGGAGAAUGGAAUGACAUUUAGAGAUAUUGAGGAACUGGAACAGGCGACCAGAUUUCUACAUGAAAAUGGGGUUCUUUUUCACUAUGAUGAUCUUGCUUUACGAGAUCUCUUCUUUUUGGAUCCACAAUGGCUAUGUGACCAACUGGCUCGAGUCAUCACUGUGAAAGAAAUAAACAAUUUUGCUCAAAGAGGUGUGAUGCGUCUCAGCAACUUGGAGUUCCUGUUUAAAUCUAACAGCUUCCAGCCAGAACAUAUUAAGGUUUAUAUAACAAGCCUGCUGAAUAAGUUUGAAGUGGCUCUGCAGUUUGAUGAGGAGUUCUUACUCUUGCCCUCACUACUACCAACUGAGAUGGAAGUUCAGGAAAUGGCCAGGAGAAAAAGUGAUGUCAGGAUACCCUUAAGGAAACCAUCUGAUGGCUGUGUUGGUCUGCCCAAAGAAUCGCCAACUGUAGAAAGGAGAGUUGAAUCUCUCAUUCGAUCUCUCAACACAGGUCAAGCAUUGACUGAGGGCCCUCCAGGAAUACUUCAUGUUGGAAGCUCAACAUUUUACACUGGAUCUCAGAAUUCACUAAUUGACCUAUCCUGUGUACAGGAGGUCAGACAUGAGGUGGCCACUAUUGCAUCACUGAGAGAGUCUGGCAAAUAUCUGCUUCUAGCCAUCAAACCUACCAGUAACCCAAUCUUCUCUUGCUGCAGACUGUACUUCAUGACCUACUUCCCUAGUGGCUUCUGGCCAAGACUGAUCACUCGAAUGUUAGGAGAUCCUUCCAUUUAUUCCAUUGUCAAAGAACUGUUUCUUGUUCCAUCAGACUUGAUCAAAAAAACACCAGAGGUCAAGUGUUUAACUGACAGAGACCCAGAGUGGCGAUGCUGGCAAACUGGUUUAGAAUUGUUCUACAUGGGAUUUGAAAUGCUGAGAAUUAGAGAAGUCUUUUUCUCUGCUCACUCCUUUUUCUGUGAUUACAGUAAGUGUAGAAUAAAGUGCAGCAUUGACAACGAAUGGUCUCUUCUGGAUGUUGACAACAGUAAGAUAUUAGAGAUAAUAUUCCCGACAGAUUCAUUGCGGUUUCAUGUCACUAAUAAAGAUGGACCACAGUUACAGAACCUUGACAAUUCCAAGCCCUCUAGUACUAUCUACAGAGAGGAAGUAGCUACAACAAAACUGUUGGUGAAAAUUGUGGAGCAUGUUGACAAUUUGUUGCAGGAUUGGUAUCCAGAUAUUGGAGAACUUCGAUUUAGUCAAAAUGUUGAAGGUCGCUACCUUGUGACUCGAAUAGUUCCUUGUCCUCAGUGUUUGAAUGUUGAAGUAACUCGUCAAAAAAGUUUUCAUCAGGAUCAAAACUCUUGGUACAUUUUGAACCCCGACUUGCCAGAUUUAUGUUUUCCUGUUGUGAUUCCAGAGAGCAACAGUCAAAAUCAUUUUGUGAGAGAUAGAAGUAAUACAACUAUUGGCUGCUCAAGAACUGUGAUUGAGGAACCAGUAUUAGAACCACUUGUAACCAGACCAAGAACCUUAACCGAAGGUCAGGCAUUUAUCUAUAACAAAGGAAGUCCUGAUGGAGAGCCAGUUAUCUUCUCUUGGCUCAUUGAGCGCUGCAUGUUGGAUGCGCUGGAGGGUGUUGAUGCUGUUUGUCCAAGGCAUGGUUCCAUUUCUCCAAUUUAUCUAAUGGGGAGAGAAGGAGUCACCCACCAACUGUUUCUGGCUCCUGACACAGUUUUCCAAGAUCAAAGUCAAACUAUAUUAUUGCCUGCAUUCACACAGCUUGAUAUAGGGAAAGAUUGUCUGGGGAAGGGAAAUUUUGGUGAAGUUCACCCAGGGUUACUUUUUUCUAAAGAUAAUAGAAACCCAGAACAAGUGGCUGUGAAAAUUUUGUUUAAACAAGUUCAGACAAGGAAAGAUAUUAAAAAGGGAUUCCAUACAUUUCUAGAGAAAGCUUGCCAUGCCUACCUGACAGCCAGACAGGAAGUAUCAAUCCUGAGUCAGCUAGAACAUCCAAAUAUAGUUCCUCUCAUAGCUCUUCAUUUGAAGCCUCUGUCCCUAGUGUUGGCUCUGGCCCCACAUGGCUCCCUGGAUGCUAAACUCUCACAGAUGAACAAGCUUGGAGAAUUUUUUCCAUUAUUUGUUAUUAAAGAUAUAAUUUUACAGGUUUCUAAGGCCUUGAGUUAUCUUCAUUCUCACAAUAUUAUAUACAGAGAUCUGAAAGCUGAGAAUGUUUUAGUUUGGGAAUUACCUCCAUCAGAUUCUCCCCCUCGUAAGGGUGUAAACCUCAAGUUGGCAGACUAUGGCAUUAGCAGAUCUGUUCUCCCCACAGGAACUAAAGGCUUUGGUGGUACACCACCAUUUAUUGCCCCUGAAAUAUUACAGCAUGCAGGAAAGGGAACUUAUACUACAAAGGUUGAUGUUUUCUCCUUUGGUAUGUUCAUGUUUGAGUUAUUGACUUGUAGGAUCCCAUUCAAUCAGUUGAAUAAUUUAAACAACUUGAUAUGUCAGGGUGAACGACCCAGUCUGACAGUUCAGGAAGCUGAACGGUGGCCUACUUACAUCCUAGAUCUCAUGGCUCUAUGCUGGUCACAGGAUCCAGAUCAACGUCCAACUAUGGAAGGGGUUGUGGGUAUUGCAAAGUCUCCACAGUUUUGUCACUUGCUAGAUGUUGUCUCAUUAGGUCCAGAUGUUGCCAUCUAUUCAGCUUGCUGUAUUACACAGAAAAACUCUCAUCUUGUUCAUGAUAUUAUACCCAAUGUGCCAAGCCCAACAAUGUCUGAGCAGAUGAUGAACACUGAAGUCAGCAGCUCAUGUCAACUGUCACAGAUUUGGUUAAGCUCUGGCCUGCAAGGGAAGAAUGCCAUUGAAAUGUUUACAUUCAAUCAAGCCCAGAAAGUGGACAGUUACAGGACUUUGUCACUUCCAGGUCAACGUAUAAUAGCUAUGUGUGCGCUUGGCGAUGUUGUCUGGUGUAUUGACAGUCAAGGCCUCAUUCAACUAAUCCACACUGAAUGUCUGAGUGAUAUCCAGGAGAUUCAGCUACCAAUGGACUCAUUCACCAAUAAGAUCUUGAAUAUUGUAUCUGUCCACCCUUUACCUUCUCAUGGAUUUGUUCUGAUUGUGUCUGCUGAUGGAACUCUAUUUCAAUGUAACAUACCUGGGCAGGCUGUCAGGCUGGAGGAAAGGGCUGUGGAAAUUUACAAAGUUGAGACUUGUUACUCAUCCGCCUUAGUUCAUACCACUGACAGAUGUGAACUCUGGUUAGGUCAAAGUAACGGUGGUGUUUCUGUAUGGAACAUUCAAACAAAAGCUCUGGAAUAUUGUUUAAGUCAUGGUUCCAAAAUAGUCAGGGCAACAUCAUCAUCUUCGGUUGCUUUUUUAGUGACUUCCUCCAGCUUUGAAAUGCACUGUACCAAUGUUUGGUCUUAUAAUUACCCAGGCUCUAUAAUAUGCUUGUGGAAUACUAAAAGCAGAAUGAUUGUCAAAAAGUUGGAUUGUUAUCAGAUUGUGUCAACAGUAGACUCUCCUGUCCUGGCCACGUCUGAACAUUUUGAAUGUGGACAGGUAUGCGCAUUAUCAGCCAUCGACUGCUAUUUGUAUGUGGGAACUACUCGUGGUACCAUCCUUGUCACUGAGGCAGUCACACUUAUUCCCUUGUGUCUGUUUGCUUGCCAUGCCAAGCAGGACUUCUACAUCAAGUUUAUCCUUCCCUUGUUGUCUCCCUGUUCAGAGUCAAACGGUGAGCCUGAAAAUGUGGAUAAAAAAGAAAACGAUGUGCUGCAAAGAAGAGUCCCAGCAGUUGUGACAGUUGGUAGUGGAUAUACUAACUUACUGAAGGUGUUCCACCCAACUUUAGAUGCUAUACCAGCAAUGAAGUCUGAUUAUCUGCUGCAUUCAUUGCCAACUACUGCCUCUCAGAUUAAUCCUUAUGCAAAUCACAAGUUUAUGUUAGUCUGGAAUGCAGUGGACUGGGAGCAUUAUUAAUCCCAAGAGUGAUCACCAAUGAAAUCUAUACAUAAACUUUGUUAGUUUUUGUUUUCCUUUUCAAGUGCAGUAAGAAAUCUAUAAGAAAUGUAUCACUUGAACACAAUUGACAGUUCUGUGAACAAAUGUGUAUACCGGUACCUGAGUUUUGGAAUGAAGCUAGUCACUAUCAAUUUGUGUAGAUGUUGUUUUCAAGUUCUCAACGGAAUAAUAAGGUUUUUUUCUUUGUUAGUGGAUUAGCCUUUUGAUGUUUAUUUUUUUAUAUAGAAGAUCUGAGAAAUAUAAAAACAAACUUGUUUUUUUACAUCACUAGUUGAAUUUUAAAAAUUUGUAUACCAUUGAUAGUUCUGUUGUUUGCCAUAUUAUUGCUUCUAUUGUUAUUUUGUUUUAUUUAUUUUAUCCAGGUCUGUUAUAAAUUUUGAUUAUUUCUGUCAGACCAAGACUUGGUCUGUGUCAAUUUGACAAUAUAGGUCUUGUCUGGGCCUCCUGAAACGCAGCACUUUUCCUAAAUCUUUGUAAUCAAAGACAAUGCCUUAUCAUAAUAAAACUGUGGACUAUACAUUCCUUUUAACUUUGUUGUUUGAUAACUCUUUUAUUAUACAAGGUUUUCUUACAGAAUGUUUUAUUCAAGCUGUCUCACAUUACUUGAAACUCGUUUUAUUAACACAAAAAUUGUCCACUGGUUAGAUCACAGGCUAUCAAUCAUAACACUCCAACCCCAUAAACUUGUGCCAGUGAAAUAUUCUUUAGCCAAUGUAUUUAUCAUUCAUUACUUAUUUCUCAAAUCUUUCCACUGGCUAGAAGCUUGGUGGUGAGUGUAAAGAUGAUAGCAUUACAGUGUUUAGCACAAGCAUCUUUUUUAUAUAAGUAUAUAUUAGUAUUUCAUUAUCUUGUAUGAAAAAAACAAACAUUUGUAAAUGACAAUAUUGUCCUUUUUUUGGUUUAAGUAUUAGGAAUUGUUAUUUUUGUAAUGUGUGUGUUGUAAUUAUUGACUUAAUUAUACUGAAGAUAAUUGAUGUGAUAAAUAUAAAUGACUCAAGCAAAUAUGUAUAUAUAUUAUAAUUAUGCAUUUUUCUAUUCCCAAGUCUUAAGAUGUAGUUGUUUUGUUCUUGUUAUUUGUUCAGCAGCUAUGAAAUUUUCAUUUUUAAAAACACUGUAGACAGCAUCAAGAACUUGAAUGUUAGUACAUAGUGAAACUAUUUUACAAGAAUACAUUUCAUUGAUGUUCAGUAUUAGCAUUGAUUUAUAUGCUUGUCAAAAUUAUAUGGUAUUUUGAGAAAUAUAUUAAUACCCCUGUU